AUGAGGACUACUACCACAGCAGCUGCCCUGCUCGCAGCAUUGCCAGUAGGCAUCGCUCAGCAAUGGGGACCACAGCACUGGGGACCACCUGACCCGCCCUCUGGUCCUCCUGGCGGUCAUCCUGGCGGCUGGGGACCCCCCAAUGGGCCCGGGCCUCACUCCUGGCCAGGCCAACCAGCACCGUCCCCUGCGAGCUCCGCCGCCGCCUCCGGAGCCAGCAGUGCUGCAGCUAGCACUUCUUCCGCUGCCUCUGGCUCAAACAGCCAGAGCUGCACUCCUUUGACCGCGUCGAUGAUUGAGGCAUCCGGAAACAACUCCCUCUUCACCCGCUGGAGACCACACAGUCAUUUCAUGGCUCCCGCAGGCUGGAUGAACGAUCCCUGCGGACCUAUGUAUGAUCCUACGAGGGAUAUCUACCAUCUUUUCUACCAAUGGCAUCCACAGCAUAUCAACUGGGGUAACAUUAGUUGGGGAUAUGCUACGAGCAAGGACCUGAUCACUUGGACUGAUCACGUCGGCUGGCAAGACAACCAAGCCCUGGCCCUCGGACCCUCAGGCAACGGUAGCUUCCCAUCCCACUACAACGGGCUUGGAAUCUUCUCUGGAACGGCCCAGCCAGUCAAUCUGCAGGGCGAGGUGGAUGGCACACUUUUACUCAUGUAUACCUCCGUCAGCUGGCUCCCUACUAGUUGGAAUAUUCCCUACCAUCCUCAUACAGAGUCGCAGAGUCUGGCAUUGAGCACAGAUGGUGGCAAGACUUUCCAGGAAUACGCAGGCAACCCGGUCAUUAGUGCGACGGCCAAUACUGCGCCUAUGGGUUGGAAUGUUACUGGCUUCCGUGAUCCCUUCCUCGAGCCCUGGCCAGCAAUGGACGCUGUGUUAGGCAUGUCGGAACCUCACUACUACGCCGUAUUCGGCUCCGGUAUCAAAGGUGUCGGACCAAGGAUCCCCUUCUGGACUGCUCCAGCUCGCAACCUAACAGACUGGACGUUCCUAGGCGCUCUCUGGGAGCCAGCAGACAACACCUCUCUUGGCCCCGUCCUCUCGACCGGCACAUACGGUUUCAACUUUGAGGUCUCCGGUUUCUUCUCCCUCCCUGAUAAGAAGGGCGACCUGCACUACUUCGUCAACAUGGGCACAGAGGGCGGAAACGUCAGUUUCCAUGAAUCAGCCCAUUGGGCAUUGUGGAAUGAAGGUACCAUCUCAAAACGUGCCAACGGCUCGGCCGCUUUCACGCCGACAGCCGGCGGUGCAGGAGAUUGGGGCCUCUCGUAUGCUUUGACGAGCUUCAACGACACCAAGAACAACAGGCGUGUCCAGUGGGCAUGGACACCCGAAGACCUCACCGGCGACGGCGGUCUCUUCAGCGCUAGCCAGCAGGGUUUCCAAGGCAGUCUUGCACUCCCUCGUGAGCUCUUCGUGCAUGAAGUCGACGGCGUGACAGAUAAAGACGGCUCCCUUGCCGCAAGCAAAGAAGCCGUCCUCGUCUCGACAGGUAACGGCGCCUACACCGCCCAAACUCUUGGUGUCCGCCCUCUACCAGACGUCGUCGCGGGCAUAACCUCCAACGCUACACACAUGGCCUACGCGGCUGGUACCGUCACCGCCUCCAAGAUUGUCCAGAAGCAGGGUGAUGCAUACAUGGAGCUCAAAGCCACUAUCAGCUCCAGCACCGGUGCCGCAGGUGUAAUUAUCGCGGCCUCGCCCGACAUGAAAGAAUACACGACUAUAAUGUAUGAGCCUACAAAUCACACCAUCCUCGUCGACCGCUCGCACAGUAGCGCCAUCGAGGGUUUCGCCAAUGUCACUGUAACAGGCUACUUCAGCCCUUACACCGUCGGUUCUCAGACCGAGGCCAUCAAUAUGGAUAUCUUCAUCGAUGGCUCUCUGGUCGAGAUCUACGUUAACGAGCGAUUCGCUCUAGCUACAAGGAUCUAUCCUUCCAUGCAGUGCAGCACUGGCUUUGGUGUCUAUGUCGCUGAUGGUAGCAGUGCUACUUUCGCUGGUGUGGAGGCGUGGAUGGGAACCAUGAACGUCUGGCCUCAGAGGCCGUUGGAUAGUUCCUCGCCGCUACUUUGGGAUUCGGCAGCGCAAACUAACAAUUACACUUGGUGGAGUGGUAAUUAG